AUGAUCGCCAAUCGAGCACAGGGUACAACGACCAUCUUACCCGAAGGUUCCGAUCAACCACACGACUCUUCUCAUGGAUUUGUAAUUGGAAAAACUCAAGAAUUUUUAAAGAGUAAAGGAUUUGGUUGGUUGAUGGAAGUAGAUGCUUCUACGGAAUCUAAAGAAAAUUUAUUGGGCGGAGAGAGUGUUGAACAGCCAUCGAUUAUGGAGGAGUUGGAUAUUGAUUUGGAAGAUAUCUUGUUUAAAGUGAAGAAGGUGAUGAUUCCGUUUGGAAAAUUUAGUGCCGAUGAUUUGAGUAAAUUGAGAGAGCCAGACUUUUGGGGUCCUUUUUUCAUUGUACUUGCCUAUGCAUUACUUGUGGAAAUAACAUAUUUACAGCUUCGUGCCAUAACCUGGAUGUAUUUAAUUUGGUUGGUUGGAUCGUGCCUGAUUUGGAUGUUGGGAAGAUUAUUCACACCAUCAACGGUCGAGGAAGCAAGAGCUUUGAAGAGUGUGAAAAAAGAUCAUUCCUCGGAUUUUCAACCAUUACCAUCCACAACUGAUCAUGCACAAUUUCCUUCUGGCAACUUGGAGAGCACUAGUAGUAGUGGUGAUUCAAAUUUAACAGCUGAGGAAGAGCAAAUUAUUGAGGUUGGAUAUAGUCAAGUCAUGUCCUGUGUGGGUUAUUCUCUCAUUCCUCAUGUAUUGGCAUUAUUGGUAUUGUUGGUGUGGAGACUCAUCUUUGAAAGACAUUCACUUGUGUCUUAUUAUGUCUCCUUGUUGUUGAAUUUGGCAUCCUUUGGAUGGUCGACGGUAUCAUGUCUCUAUUUAUUUACAGCAGAAAAUUAUUACCUGAACAAGAAGAGGAAAUUAUUGGUCAUUCCAAUUCUCUUGUUGUAUCUUUACUUUUUCUCAAUGCAAUCUGGAGUGUAA